CUGGUGAAUGUCUCCUGCCUGCCGCAGUGAGAGAAUUACCCUCACUUCUCUCUAUUUCUCCCGGGAGUGACGUCGUUAGGCAGCACUUAGUGGCGGAGGAGCGGUGGUUUUGCCUGGGGGCCUCGACUAUGAUCAGAUCAGAUGAGCCCCUCUGAAUCCUGUUGCACUCUGGCUUAGAGAAGACAGUGGAGAGAAGAAGAGGGAGUCAGAGUUCCAUGUGGCUAUCUUCCAUCAACCCCCCUGCCUAUUCCCCUCCAGGAAAAAGGAGUCAGUUGCAGAGUGGAGGAAAACACAAGACUGUGAAAGAAAACAAGAAAACGUCAAAAGACUCAUCUUGAAGGAGGGAGAGAAACACCAACUGGGCGAGAGGAGGGGCUGCCUCAGCCAUGGGCAAACAGAACAGCAAGCUACGGCCGGAGGUGUUGAAUGACCUGCGUGAGAACACAGAGUUCACUGACCACGAGCUCCAGGAGUGGUACAGAGGCUUCCUAAAAGACUGCCCCACGGGCCACCUGACUGUGGAUGAGUUCAAGAAGAUCUAUGCCAACUUCUUCCCGUACGGGGACGCCUCCAAAUUUUCCGAGCACGUCUUCCGCACGUUCGACACCAACGCAGACGGGACGAUAGACUUCAGGGAGUUCAUCAUCGCGCUGAGCGUAACGUCACGAGGCAAGCUGGAGCAUAAGCUCAAGUGGGCCUUCAGCAUGUACGACCUGGAUGGGAACGGCUACAUCAGCCGUGCGGAGAUGCUGGAGAUCGUACAGGCCAUCUACAAAAUGGUGUCCUCUGUCAUGAAGAUGCCAGAAGACGAGUCCACACCUGAGAAGAGGACAGACAAGAUCUUCAGACAGAUGACUAAACAAAUGAAUGGUAGACUGUCCCUGGAGGAAUUCAUCAAAGGUGCCAAGAGUGACCCGUCAAUAGUCCGCCUGUUACAGUGUGACCCCAGCAGUGCCAAUCAGUUCUGAACACACACACUACUUUUAACCCCACGGUCACAUGACUAUGGAGAUUAUAUAAAUAUUGUAAUUAUCAUCACUGUUGUUUUGAAGAUCGUUUGAUUUGUACCGUUACAGUUUCAUUUCAAUACAUAGGAGGAUAAAUGUUUAUAAAAUGUAAUCAUUUUCAUAUUGUAUUUUACUGUAAAUGUAAUAUGUGUCCAUAAGUAUGUUUUAGUAUUCUGAUAGUGUUUGUUGUGCAACAAUGACAUCCAGAAUGAACUGAAGUAUUGCAUAUACAGUAUCAAGCCCCUGAGAAAGGCCCAAGGCCCAAUGAGAAAGAACCAAGGCCCCUGAGAAAGA